AUGUCCAGGGCAUCGAAGCUUACGCUGGCCGCGACAUCGCUGUUCGCCGCCAGCACCAUUGUCAUUGUCCAUUUCCAACAAAAGUUUGAAAAAGAGGCCAUGCAUCAGGGAGUGGUACGCGACAUCGAACAGCAGCGUAUCAAACGAGAACGCCAACUCGACUUCGACAUGCAGCGCGCCCUCGAGGAGGACUACAAGCGUGAGCAGACCGUCAGAGAUGCAACGGCGCCCUCACAACCCAGCGCAAGUGGCAUACAAACAUAA